AUGGGCCACCAAAACGUCUGGAAUUCUCACCCCAAGACCUACGGUCCUGGAUCUCGGGCUUGCCGUGUCUGUGGCAACCCUCAUGCAAUCAUCAGGAAGUACGGGCUCAUGUGCUGCAGGCAGUGCUUCCGCAGCAACGCCAAGGAGAUUGGUUUCAUCAAGAGCUUGCUGGCAAUGGAGACGUUGACCUACCUCACAGCUGCUUGGCUUCAGUUUUCAAGUGAUCUAUCUAAUCCUGAAGACAAAGAUAAUUUUGUUUGGUUAUGA